UUAUCGUCGAUCUGGCCCUUCUACCGUCCAGCUUUUCGCGCAUCCUUUUCUGAAGUUCUUCGGUUAUUUUUUCUCUUGCCAGUGAAACUUUUCAUCUACUUUUCUCCGCAAACCAUCACUUAUUUCCAACACAAUGUCUAACGUUUUAUUGGAAACUGACGGUGCAGAUUUGCCGUGCUUUUUCCAUGAUUUACCCGACGAAUCCGUGCUGCACAUCCUCGCGUUCCUGGAUAUCAUUGAUCGUACCAACUGCACGGUGGUGUGCAAACGAUGGGCGGACAUCAGCAAGGACCCGCGCCUGCAGAAAACCGUCAUUUUCGAUCUGACCAAAUGGGAGACCCACCAUCCCUUAUCCCUGUUGCCACGCCCACCUGUUCCCGAUGCGGAAGCGCGACGGGAAGCGGCCCAGGUGGAGAACGAGUGGCGCCGCCAACUUCUGCAGCGUUUCUGGACAGCCAAGACCCGCCAUGUUAUUUUCCGACGCCCACCCGGGACGGCGGUCCCAAACGACUGCUGGAUCAAAAUGGGCAUCCGGCCGGGCCCGCCAGGGGAAGGGGAAGGAAGUGGGGAGGAGGUGGCCGCUGGCUGGCAUUUCUUGUGGGGCAAUAUUUAUCACGCGCUGCUGGCAUUAACGAAACUGCUGCCUGCCGCUCCCGAGGGCGGUGCGCCAGACGGCACGGAGUGUUUGGUCACGGUGCAGGAUGUCCAUAUGCUGACCGGGGAUCUCAGUGAUCUGUUGCCGAAAUAUGUGAAGACGGUGCAUCUGGAGAAUGUCAGCAUGAAAUGCUACUUCUACACGGGAUUCUUCCAUCCUCUCGAUAAGCCACCACAGGUAACGCGCACAGUGCUGGUGGACAAAGCUGUGGUGAUGCGGGAGAACGGCGAAUGGCCGUGGCUGGACGAACCGGCGGCGGACUUCUCCCACUUCCUCACACAAAUCCGGCGCCGUAAAAUGGAAUUCUUCAGCCGAUUCCUACCGCCUUCUAUGACCGCCGACGAACGGCAUUUCCUGGAGGAGAAACUGCAGUCGGCUGAGCCGAUCGGCUGGACGCUGUCCUGCUUUCUUCGGAAGGGCGUCCAACUGCUGGGCGAUGACGACAUCCAUCCACUGGCGCCCAUCAACACCCUGGGGCUGACGCUGGAUCGCGUUGGCACGUUCCCGCGCUGGUUGCAGUAUCUGAUGGUGGAGCUGCUGAAAGACCCGUCCAUCGCGAUUUUUCCCAAUUUGUAAUGCAGCUUCGUAGAGUACUAAACGGGUGUUAAAGUGGACAGUUUUACCAUACAAAAUUGUCCGGUGUAGAGUUUUUAUUAAAGUUACAUCCUCGAGCUGGAUGCGGUUUCUGAACCAGCUUACCAAAUUGCCAAUUUUGACCAUUUUUUUUCUGUCAUGAUCCGGCAGUCUGUUCUUUCUUGGUUUUGCUCACUGUUAUUUUACAGUACAGAUAUACGUACAACAUAUCUAUUAAUUUUUGGAUGUUGAAAUUAUAAAG